AUGUUGUGUGGUAUUUUGAGUCUCAUAUGUAUUGUAGCAUACGCAGAGGAUGUUGAGAAGGCAUGUUUCGAGUCGUGCAGUAAUGACUGCGGACCAGCCUCUGUCUUGCUUCGAGUAUGGGGUGGUAGGGGAGUAACUGUGCUUCAGCUGUUGAAGAGGCUUCAGAAGCUUUCUAAAGUGUAUGGAAGAUGUAUGGAUGGUCCUCAGUUCUCUCUACGCAGGAAAUUUGUACCUGUAAUUUGGUCUCGACCGCAGCAAAUCGUUGUUAGGAUUUCAAAUGUCAUUUCUAGUACCUAUGAGCUGAAAUGUCAUGCAAAAGGGUUUCCGUUUCCACGUUUUCAGUGGAUGAAAAAUGGCACUGAUCUCGAAGGCGAGACCAGCGACAGACUUCUUAUUCCGAUGAACAAUAUUUCCUAUAACUCGAACACCUAUCGGUGUCGUGUUUGGAAUGAAAUAGAAGAAGGAAUGGAGUAUUCGUCAUUUUACCGUUCUAAUGGGAAGCAGUACCGCUCAGAACUUUUAUCUGAAGCGAUUAACUUAAGCGCUUAUACCUCAGAGCUUGAGGAAGCAAAGUUGAAAAGACUAGUAGCAACAGACAAAGUAGCUCUGAUCAUCGGUAACCGUCGUUAUAAGCAUCAUGUAGAGUUAUCAACGCCCGAAUGCGACAUUGAAGCUUUAACACAUGCUUUACAAGGCUUACACUUGGAAUCUAAAAUUUAUUCUUGGGUUUUUCCAACACGUUCUUCACAUUUCAGGUUUAAAACGGUUCAGUUGAGUGAUCUUACUUUGGAGGAAAUGAAGUUUUUCAUUUUACAGUAUAAGAAGUUGCUAGAUGACGGUGUAUAUGCCGUAUUUUAUUUUGCCGGGCACGGUUUUGAAGUGGCUGGACAAUGUUAUUUGCUACCAAUAGAUGCUCCUGCCGACUUUCGACCUGAACAUUGUAUUUCUGUCAGCUGGGUUCAGUCUAUCUUUCAGCACUGCACACCAUCGCUUAACUUGGUGUUGCUAGAUAUAUGUCGCAUGCCACCUGCAAAUACAAUGCUCUUCGCAGAAGACGUUGCUCGAUGUGUUGAGCCUCCUGUAGUCUGCCAGAAUACUGUUUACGGUUUUGCAACAAGUGUUGGUGUAUGUGCUUUCGAAGCGCAGACUGAUCACACAAGCAUUUUUAUGAAGUAUUUACUUCCUCACCUUCAUGACCCUGUAACUGUGACGAAUAUGCUUCACAAGACUUUUGCAGAUAUUGCAUGCGACAAAAAGGUUAGUGGUAUACAAGUGCCAGAACUGAGAACUAAUCUAACCUCUCCUCGCUCACUGAUGGACCCUAUAGAUAUAGAAGGACAUACUAGUUCCUACGAAUCCCAUACCCUUCAUUGGAGACAUUUGAACGAGUUACCAGAACCUGUGCAUGUUUAUUUCAAGGAGAAAGAUCUAUACGUCGCUGUUUUUUUUAAUCUUUUGGGUCAUUUCAACAAUAAAAUGCGCGUUGGCAGCUAUGUUGUAGAAGUAGUCAAAAACUCGGCUGGUUAUGACGAGUUUCAGUGUACCAAGUGGGCAAAUUCUCAUCGUGCGCAUCUUAUUUUUCCAGAAGAACUAGGAAUUACCCACGAAGAAAUUGUUUAUGAUACAGGUGAGGGACCCACCCUUUUUUGUAUUGUCUCGAACCUGCAGCGGGCAAAGGUUAAAAUUCAUAUUAUAAGUACUAUUCAAUUAAAUGGUAAAGGUGGAAUAAAGUGUAAAGUUUUGCUUUAUCACGCUAACUGUAAAGCAAGCAGAACGUUAUUCACAGAAGAUGCUGAUGUUCUCGUGGAAGAAGCAAACAUUGGUCACGCAUUGGUUACGCGCAUUUUACCAGAUUAG